AUGGCUUCUUCCGCCACUAAUUUUCUCUUCCUUCUCCUCCUCCUCGCCGCCCUAUCCUCCGCCGUGCAUACUCAUGCACGAGACAGCCAAUCCUUCAACAAAAUCCCUAGCGCCACCACCACCAAUGUCGUCAAAAUUACACAAAGCCCAAACACUAAAAAGGAAGAAUCCAACAAUCAACAGCGAGACUCCAGUUUCCUUCCUGAAAAUGAAAAUGUUUAUGGCCUUUACGGUCAUGAAUCCGGCCAACUUCCUCCUUCCACCACCACCACCACCACCGCUACCGACAGUGGUGAACCCGCUACCACCAAAUACCUCCCCAAAAACUACAACCCUGUCGCCUAUGUGACUGAACCAGAAGACAUGACUACAUUCACUGAAAAAAGUUACACCACAGUUGACCCCAACAACUACGGUGGUGGAAAUUUUAAUGAGCAGCCAGAUGGGCUAAGCGGGACCAGAUUUAUGGGCGGCGAAACCCCAAACCACCGUGAGAAUUACUACAGAAAUGGUGGCGGAAAUUACUACAACAGCCCGCAAGAGGAUACCAUGAGAGGCUACAGAAGAAACGACUAUUACAACAAUGGUGGCGGCAGUUUCAACGACCAGACACAGGGGCUGAGCGACAGCAGGUUUAUGGACGGCGCAUCCUCAAACCACCGGGAGAAUUACUACAGAAACGGUGGCGACGUGAACAAUUUCCAGCAGCAAGGAAUGAGUGACACUAGAUUCUUGGAAAAUGGCAAGUAUUUUUACGAUGUGAACAGUGAAAAAUACAGCAGUAAUCAUCCAUAUGAGAGCUUGAGAGGAAUUCGAGCAAGAAAUGAAUACAGAAACAGGAAUUACUAUGGGAAUAAUGAGAAUUCAUACGAAUACAACAAUUCCAUGGAAGAAUUUCAGAAUCAAGAUGAGUUCCAAGAAAACCAAGAUGGAGAAAAUAUGCCUUGA